UUGUGGGUGGGAUGCGGAAAGAUGUUGUGGCGACAGCUGUCUUCACGGUCGUAAAAAAAGCAAGCAACAGCAACAGCAACCAGCAACAGAUUCGUGAUUGACGUGAUUAGGACCAGGAGCAUAGCAUAGUACUAGUACAGUACAAUCCUUUGAAAUAAUGGCUAAAUCUUACGAUUAUCUUUUUAAACUGUUGUUAAUAGGUGAUUCUGGUGUUGGUAAAACUUGUGUAUUAUUUCGAUUCUCAGAAGAUGCCUUCAACACAACUUUUAUUUCUACAAUUGGCAUAGACUUUAAAAUAAGGACAAUAGAACUAGAUCAGAAGAAAAUUAAACUACAAAUAUGGGAUACAGCUGGCCAAGAGAGGUUCAGAACCAUCACAACUGCCUACUACAGAGGGGCAAUGGGCAUAAUGCUGGUGUAUGACAUAACUAACGAGAAGAGCUUUGAAAAUAUCAAGAACUGGAUACGAAACAUUGAAGAGAAUGCUUCUGCAGAUGUCGAGAAAAUGCUCUUGGGAAACAAAUGUGAACUGAAUGAGAAAAGACAGGUUUCUAAGGAAAGAGGCGAGGCACUAGCAAUAGAAUAUGGAAUCAAAUUCAUGGAGACAAGUGCUAAGGCUUCAAUCAAUGUUGAAGAGGCAUUUUACACAUUAGCUCGAGACAUCAAAACAAAAACUGAGAAAAAACUGGAGGCCAGCAACCCACCCAAGGGAGGACACCAGCUGAAGCAGUCCGAGCCUCACCGCAAGCCAACCAACUGGCUGUCUCGCUGCUCUCUGCUCUGACACCUCAGCAAGUGUCACAAGACAAUUAACUGAACAUAUUUGUAUGAUUUUUUUAAAUAAAGAUCUGAAAAUAUGUAUAUAAAUAUAGUAUGUCGCACACAGAUAUUUGACAUAAUAUCUUUCUUCAAUUUUUCAAAUCAAGAACGUUGAAAAACUUUUGUUUGAAAAAGAUAUGCCAUGUUUAUUAAAUACUGUUUUGUAUGUAUUAUUUAAUUAAUUUUAUAAUAUAUUUUGUGUCGAACUAAGGUAUAUUGUAUGUGAUAAAAGCUCUAUAUUUAUUUUUUUAAGUUGUAUUUUUAUUCUAUUUUUAAUAUUACAUUUAUUUAAUAUUUGUCUGGUGUUAUUGUUCGUUUUUAGAAGGAAAACCCCGAUAGAUUUAAUUGGAAAAAUGAAUAACUGUUUUGUUGAUGCUGCAAGGAGUUGGAGGACCCUCCAGUGUGGGCCAAUGUUAAGUGCCUGUACUUACAAAUCAGAGUCAGGUUUAUAACUUGCACUUCUUGAUCUCAAGGCAGCAAAUCUCAGCACAAUACUGAAAUAAUGGUGUUGUAUUUUAUUGACCAGUGUAGUGGUAUAGAAAAGCCAGCUUUUGUAACAUAACGCAAGGUUCAAAAGGGGUUAUUUUCAUCCUCAUUACAGGCAUUAGGAUAAAUUUUAUAUUGUAAAAUUGGAUAUAAAAUGUUGUUAUAAUAAACCAGCUGUAUUUUCUGUUA